CAAGUUUUCAAUUGAACAGGCCAAUAUUAAAGGCCGGUGGCCGGUCGCACUUUGACCUGGCAAUCUCACCUAGCACAUUGUCUCACGUUUAAACUAUCCAAAAAAGAUAACUCUUUAGAGAGAGAAAAUAACAACGUAAGCAUAUCAAUACUAAUCCUAUGUAAGAACCAGGUCCUAGAGAGAGAAACCCAAUAUUAAAAGAUAACUCCUAGAGAGAGAAAACAACGGAGGCGUCCCCAUACUGAUCCUAUAUAAGAACCAGGUCCUAGAGAGAGAAACCAAAUACUAAAGGGAAGAUAACUCCUAGAAAAAGAAAACAACAACGAAAGCGUCCCAAUACUGAUCCUAUAUAAAAAACCAGGUCCUAGAAAGAGAAACCAAAUACUUGAAUCUAAUCCCAUUCCUAGAGAGAGAAACCAAAUACUUGAAUCUAAGAGCACCAAUCUAGAGAGGAGCACCAAUCUAGAGAGAAGUCCUUGAAACCCAUGAAAAUUCCUGGUUUUAGAGAGAGAGCAAGUGGGAUACGAAAACCCAUAAAGUUUCUUGUGUGUUAGAGAGAGAGAGAGCCCUUCUUCAAUCUGCAACUCAGCCUUCGGCGCAAGAUUAAAGAAAGAAAUCCCACAAAAUCCCUUGCUAGAUAGAUAAAACCAAGAGAGAGAAAGAGGGGGAGAGAGACAAAGAAGCAUGGAGAAAGCCUUCAAAGGGCGUAGAGGUGGCCUCUUCGCCUUCCUACCCAAGCAAGUCCCCUGUAGUCCAGGCCACGAAAAACGCCUGGAUAGCUCCUCAAAGCUCAGAUCAAAUACCGGAAAAGGAUUUUCAGGUCCCAUAGUCUCCAUGAUUCCAGCAGAAGCUCGUCGUAAAAUCGACACCAACAAUAGCCACCGUUUUGAGCCAACCUCACCAAAAGUCUCAUGCAUGGGCCAAAUCAAGCACAAGAAGAAGCGAUCCGAGAAGAAGCGAUCCGAGAAGAAGCAAUCCGAGAAGAAUCAACCAGAGAUGAAGGAGCCGAAGAAGAAGGGGAUAGAGCUGUCCAAGAUUUUUCAGCGAAAGAAAGGUGGUCGAAAGAUCGAGGCGGCGCCGCCUGCUUCAGAGCCAUUUCCGCCUCAUCUGGGUCAGAUGAUGAGAUUUUCGAGCAGGAGAGAAGCACCGGGUUUGGCCAACUUUGACUGGAGGGCGGCGAUGGUGGACGAGGGAGGAGGAGACAAAGAGUGUGGAGGAGGAGAGAGAGAGUAUUACUCGGAUGAAGAGAGAGAAAGUGGUUGGGAGGUAGAGCGAGAACGGGAGGAGCCUUUGGUGGCGUUUUCUUGUCCCAUUGUGGUGGCCGGUGGAGCGGCGGUGGUUCCCAGAAAGGAAGUCAAUCUUUGGAAACGAAGAACGGUGGAGCCGCCACUGCCCCUUACACUGCGUACAAAAGAUUGAAGAGAGAGAAUGUUAGAGAGAGAGAGAGAGAGGUUUCGCGUGUGGUUAAAUUGUUUUGAUCGAAAGAAAGGGGAAAUUAAUAUUGGAUUGGGUUUACGUUUGCCCCCCAUUGAAAAAGAUAUUCCACUUGUUAAUGGCGUUGUUGUAAAGGGAAAGGUUUGUUUGGAAGUUGAAAAUUCUGAAUAAUUUCGAAUUCUUUAUAGA